AUGCGGGCAGACAUCAAAAACGGACUUUGUAUAGUUUGGAACCACGAUAUUUUCCAAUUCGUGGAAUUUCAACACGUGAAGCCGGGUAAAGGAAACGCUUUCGUGCGUUGCCGUAUGAAAAGUUUUAAAACCGGACGUGUUUUAGAGCACACUUUCCCAUCAGGACACGAAAUUGAAACCGCACGUGUAUUGCGUAUCCCGCAUCAGUUCUUAUAUAACGAUGAUAGCGGCUACCACUUCAUGAACCAAGAAACAUACGAUCAAAUUUUCGUUAACGGAGAUAUGAUUGAAAACAAAGAUUUAUUGAAAGAAGGAGAUGUGUGCGAUAUCGUGUUACACGAAGAAACCAAUCAAAUCUUAGCAACAGAACUUCCGAACUUCGUUGUAUUAGAA